AGUCUUUUAACUGUUCAAAUGAAGUUUCAAAAUUUUUUAAAGCAUUUUAAUAUUUUUGAUUAUUAUUCAAACAAGAAAUAUAGCAACUUUUUCUUCAACAAUGAGUCAACUAUAAUUUUUAUUUAUUUUUGAUCUGCUGUUUCUGGAAGUUGUAAUCAAUACUUGAAUAUGGAUAGACAGUUGGAAAGUGACAGUCUCCUACCUCGUGAAAAAGAAAAAACAGCAACAACAUUAUUAGCUGUUUCCAUUGCAUCAUUUUUAUCCGUCUCUUUUGGUUUCAACUUAUUAUUUUUUAAUCCAUUUACGUUAAAGAACAAUCAGUGGCAUUAUUCAAGUCAUAUUGGAGGGGCACUUUCUCUAUCCUAUGUGAAACUGGAAAAACAUUUGCUUUUUGUCAAGUGAUUUUAUUUGGUAUUGCUGCAUCGAUUGGAAGUUUAUUCUCUGGGAUUUGUAUUGAUAAGAUUGGAAGAAAAUCAACUAUACUUAUGAUCUCAACAAUCUACUUUUUCGGAUAUGUGGUGCUAAUUUUUGGUAGUCCAAAAUUACAGAACUCGGCAGACUUUGCAAAUUUGUUUACUUUCUUUGGUUGUUUCUAUUGUGGUAUUGGAUUUGGUAUGACUUCUCUUGCAGUACCUGUUUAUGUUGCUGAAGUGUCAUCACCACGUUUACGCGGGACAAUGGGUGCUAUAACUCAUUAUGCAAUUGUUCUUGGAAUAUUUGUGUAUUACUUGACCGCAGAUGCAAACAACGAGAACAUAAAUUAUUAUUUUUUUGCUUUAAUUGGAUUAGUUCUGGUUCUGUUCAACAUUUUAAUAAUUUGCAUGCCAGAAUCGCCGAGAUGGCUAUUGGCCGAUAAUCAACGAGAUAAAGCAUUUAAAAAUCAGUUUUGGUUACUUGGUAUUAAAUCUGAGGCUGAAGAUGAAUGCAAUCAAAUCGAAAUAAAUUUAGCUCACCAGCAUACAGCAUCAAUUAACGAUUUUCGUUCACCGGGAUUGUUUCGACCUCUUUUAAUAGGAAGUACAUUGUUAUUCAUUAAUCACUUAACUAUUAUUGAAUAUAUUUUUUAUUUGUUUUAUCGAGAUUUUAAAAACAGAAAUGAUAUUAAAGCUUGCGUUAUUUUGCAGUUGAUACUUUCAUUAUGUGGGUGCUUUAUAGUUCACAAGAUCUCACGCAGAGGUCUACUUCUAUUUGGAAGUACAGUUUUGUUUAUAUGGAGCAUUUGUUUUUACGUUUAUUAUUUGUCCCAGCGUAAAGUUGACGUAAAAACACGGGUAGCCUACUUCUUUAUAUAUGACAUAAUAUUUACUUUUACAUGGGGUCCGCUGCCAUGGAUUAUAGUUUCAGAGAUUUUUCCACCUCGUGCUCGUGGUCUUCUUGGCGGUAUUCUUAGAUCGUUAAUUUGGUUGGUAAUUAUUCCCUUGGAAACGAUGUUUAAAUUGCCUUAUUUUGCUAGUUAUGUGAAUUUUCUUUGCAUUACAGUUAUUGUAUUUUUUCUUAGUAUAUUUUUUAUUUACUAUUACGUACCGGAAACAAAAAACCUUUCUUUAGAAGAAAUUGAACAUUACUAUACUAUGAAUCGUGGCUUUCGAAAUUACUUAUUUUAGCAAUUUUUUACUUCAUUUUUCUAACUUUUAUAGCAACCGAAAAAUUAAUAAACUUGCUGAAGUAAAAUUAUUCGACUUGCUGACUUGGUAACUUGUUUAUAUACCAAUAAAUUCAGGAAACAAAUGUACCUGCUUUAAAAGAAAACUGUAAACUAAAUGCUAUAUGUAUUACUAAAAGUAUAUGUGUGUGUGAUGUUCUUAAUAAAUAAAGCAAUAAUAUAUAAAUAAAUGAAUAAGUAAAUUAAAUAAAUAAUAAACUUACGUAUUGAUAA